AUGGCAAGCCAACAUAUAGGUAGUGUGCCCAAACUGAGUGAUGGGUACAAUUUUGACGAAUGGCUUGAACUCCUAGAAGCAUGGUUUGAUGCUAACAAUAUACAGGAUGAUGGGAAAAGAAGGGCGAUAUUUCUGACCAAUCUUGGUAGCAAGAGCUAUCACAUUCUCAGAGCUCUCUUGCAGCCGAGUAAACCAAUAGAUCAAACAUACACAGUAUGCAAAACUACGCUUACGUCACACUUCGUACCAAAGCCUACCGAAAUUGUUCAGCGCUAUAGGUUUUACACUUGUGUGCAAAAGCAAGAUGAGUCCAUACCGCAAUUUGUAGCAAAUUUGCGCCAAUUAAGCGAAGGCUGUAAUUUCAAAGAAUUAGAUAACAUGAUUAGGGACCGCUUAGUAGUGGGUUGCCGGGAUAUCGCAAUUCAACGCAAGCUGUUAAGUGAGUCAUCCCUAACCUUACAACAUGCACUUCAGACCGCCACAGCUAUGGAGGUAGCAGACAGAGAUGUUGAAAAGCUCAAGGUAUUGAGUAAAGGGACCGAGUCACCUACAGUUCAGAAGAUGGAGGGCAGAAGCCAGCGUAAACCAUUUAUGUCCUCAUCGCGUAAAAAUACACAUCAAAGACAGAAGCAGGAAGUGCAGGAAAAGCCAAGCCAAAAGAAACAGGAAAAACCUGCCUCAAGAUGUUGGAGAUGUGGUUCAGGUGAUCAUGUUCAGGUGAUCAUGUCCAGUCAGCAUGUAGAUUUAAGGAUGAGAAAUGCUAUCAGUGUUCUCAAGUGGGUCACACCCGCAGCCAGUGUGAGAAGAUCAAGCAAUACAGAUCUAGAAAGAAAUAUGCAAACCACUUGA